GACAAAAAGACCGGCAUGGACCAAGUGUUGGACAUGCCCAUGUCCAGCGGUGGAGGGGUAUGUUCUCCCCAGGCCUCUCUGAAGACCUGGCUGCCUAUUCUCGUGUGGCUGCCCAGGUACCGGCUCAGCUGGCUGCAGAUGGACCUGAUUGCGGGCAUCACCGUUGGGCUGACCACCGUGCCCCAGUCCCUGGCCUACGCCGAGGUGGUCGGCCUCCCCCCCCAGUACGGAUUAUAUUCUGCAUUCAUGGGCGGAUUCAUCUACUGCAUGUUCGGAACAUCGAAGGAUGUUGUGCUGGGCCCAACGGCCAUUAUGUCACUUUUGUGUGCCCCUCAUGUGGGUCACCAUCCAGGCCAUGCUGUGCUGCUGACCUUCCUGUGUGGUGUCAUCCAGGUCAUCAUGUCUGUGUUGAGGCUCGGAUUCCUGUUAGACCACAUCUCUGACUCUGUAAUCAAAGGCUUUACUUGUGCAGCCGCUGUCACCAUUGUCUUUGGACAGCUGAAGAACAUACUUGGUAUUGGCGAGGUCCCUCAACAAUUCCUCCUGCAGCUCUACUACACAUUCCUGAAGAUCCCUGAGGCCAGGCUGUGUGAUGUUGUCAUGGGCCUACUCUGUAUCGGCACACUAGUGCUCCUUACUAGAAAGAUCCCUGCAGGUUCUGAGGACCACCCUGUGAGCAGCAAGAGGAUUCAAGGCCUCAUCUGGGGCCUUGUCACAGCCCGCAGUGCCCUAGUGGUGGUUGGCGCAACCUUCCUGGUGUAUUUUGCCGAGGUUUGGGGCUAUAAGCCCUUCACCAUGACAGGCGAGACCUCCCAGGGCCUCCCACCAGUAAAGCCUCCGCCCUUCUCUGAAAAAACUCCAAACGGCACUGUGCUUUCCUUCAGUCAAACUGCACAGAGUUUACAAGGGGGGCUGGUCAUCGUCCCACUCAUGGGCUUGCUGGAAAGCAUUGCUAUAGCCAAAGCCUAUGCCAGUCAGAAUGAUUACCGGAUAGAUACCAACCAGGAAAUAUUUGCAAUUGGACUCACCAACAUCCUGGGCUCCUUUGUCUCCUCUUAUCCUGUCACGGGAAGUUUUGGCAGGAGUGCAGUGAACUCACAGACCGGAGUGUGUACCCCAGCAGGCGGAGUUGUGACUGGCACCAUCGUGCUUCUCUCCCUGGCUUUCUUCAUGCCCCUAUUCCACUACAUCCCCAAGGCAUCCCUGGCUGCUGUAAUUAUCUGCUCUGUGGCUCCCAUGGCAGAUUACCGUGUCUUCCAGGACCUGUGGCAGAACUGCAGUCUGGACCUGCUGCCUUUCCUGGUUACCUUUCUCAUUAGUUUCUGGGAGGUGCCGUAUGGAAUUGUGGGAGGCGUGAUGGUGUCUGGGGUGAUCAAUAUAUACAAAUACAAGAAGUUUUCACACGUUCCUCUGAAGACAUUAGGACACUCAUAGAACAUUUAAGUUAUAAUGGACUUUCUCCAUUUUAAACGUGAUGUUUAUUGAAUUACAAAGAGCUAAGCGGCUGAAGGGUGCACAAUGCACAGCUACUGGUCUCUGAAAGAUGAAGUCAGAUCACUGUUGAACAGAUGUGUGUGAAUGGCAGCUAACUGCGGGAAGAACUAACCCUUGUGGAAAAAAAGAUGCAGGUUUGCGGUAACUAUAGCUGCUUCAGUGAAGUAUAAAGCUGUAAACAGACAAGAUAAACUGCUACUGACCUCAAGAAGGGCUUUUUUUUUUUUUUUUUUUUCUUUUUUGGCAAAGCCAAAAAAAGAUAAACUUAGAAUAAGGACCUUCCGCUCAGUAACUUUUGGGAUCUCUGUUUGAAAUGGGCAUUAUUUUUAUAAAAUGGUUAUUGAUACAUGGUUGUUAUUUAUAGAAUAAAUAUCUGGUUUAAACAAA